AAUGAGAGGUAAGGGGUGCCUCCAUGACCUUAUUCAAAUACCAACAGUACCAUUCAAUUAGAAUAAUUUACCACCUGUGAUUCCCGAGGGGUCGUUUAUGCAAUUCAAUGCAGUUGUGGUCUAUGGUGCGUAGGGAGCACAGUAAGACCUGUUAAAACAAGAAUAUUAGAACAUAAAAAUCGUAUUUUGAAUAAGGUAAGAGUGGGGGGGGGGCAAAAGGUGGAAAAACUACCCCAGCAGGAGCAUGACAUGUCCCUCACUUCUGCUCUGCGCCAUGAGUAAAUAAUAUUGAAGAUGUGAAGGAACUGGAAUUUGUCCUUACUUGUAUGGACUGUUUCAGGAAGGAUGGUGGGAUUUGAAAGGAGAACUUACAGCUUAUCCACACUUCCUAUUGCCCUGCUGCUUUCCCCUGGGAAAACAACUCUUUAGCGCUCAAUCGGGGCAAACAGCAAUUUGGGUUUCCCCUGGAUUGCCAUUUCUUCUGAUCUGUCACUAAAGAGCAGUUUUUCCCUUGGAAGGGAGUGGGGGUAAACCACUCAGACCCAUGCCUAGAAAGUGUAGGUCAAGUGGAAAAUAUUACAGGUGGGUCCCAAAUUAAUCUAAAAUGCUUGAGAAGCACUGGUGCACACACCCAUUUAUUUCAUUCUCUUUUACUGUGGUCACAGGCAUUGGAGUCUUAUUUAUUUUUUAAGUCCAAAAGCCUGCAAAACUUGUAAAAACAUCCUCAUGCUUGAGCACAUCCCUUCUGCCCAUUGGUUCUGAGCAAAGAGCAGUCUGAGCGUGCCUAGCACAGAAUCUGAUAUUCUUCUGCAGCCAGCCAGUGGGAAGGAAGGCGGGUGCCCCAGUCACGGCAGGAAGUGAUACACGUCCAGCCUACUGGAAAGAAAUCUUGGGGCAAGACACAGAGGAGCUGCAGAAAGGAGUAACGGCUUCUGUGAGAACAGGAUGGCAUCGGGUCACAUUCGCAGUGUCUUGGUGACAGGAUCCAACCGAGGCAUCGGGCUGCAGCUGGUGAAAUGUUUCCUUGAGAAACCAAACCCUCCCCAAGUAGUGUUCGCAACCUGCCGGGAUCCAGAAGGGGCCAGAGCACAGGAGCUGAGGCACCUGGCAUCCAAGCACCCCAAUCUGGCAAUUCUGCAGCUUGAAACCACUGAUGAGGCAAGUGUCAAGGCAGCUGCCAGGAAGGUCGAGGCCCGCCUGGGAGGCUCUGGGCUGAACGUGGUGAUCAACAAUGCCGGGGUCAUGCCGCCCUGUACUUUGGAGUCAGCCACUGCUAAAGACAUGCUGGACGUCUACAACAUCAACCUUGUGGGUCCAAUGUUAGUGACCAAGGAAUUAUUGCCGUUGCUGAAGAAGGCUGCCCACGGAUCCAAUCAGAAAGGCAUGAGCUGCGGGAAAGCAGCCGUCAUCAACAUGUCCACCGUUCUAGGAUCUAUUGAGAAAACACCAGAGCAUUAUUUCUCUUUCCCAGUCGUCUCCUAUCGCUGCAGCAAGGCUGCUUUGAACAUGCUCACCAAGUGCCAAUCAAUGGGCUACAAAGAUGAUGGGAUCCUGUGCACUGCUGUCCAUCCUGGCUGGGUGAAAACAGAGCUGGGAAGUGAGCAGGCUGACCUGACUGUCGAAGAAAGUGUGUGUGGCAUUAUGAAAGUGCUUUGCAACCUCUCUGAAAAGCAACAUGGGGUGUUGGUGACUUGGGAAGGGAAUGUUUUGCCAUGGUGAGAGCCUCGGAAGGAACCAAAGGAAGGGCCAAUGCAUAAUGAGGAUGGAGCAGCCUGAGGCUUUGUAUAGCUUUCUAUCAUGAGUCUUUUGAAUAAAAAUUAAAGCGGCA